CACUUCCUCCCAACGUCUCCGCCCGGAGCUUCGACUGGACUACGACACCCGGCAGCCUGUGCGCGGCGGGGCGAAGGCCGGGCUGAAGGAAGGCUAGUGGCCAUGGCCGAGUUGCUGCCCCCUGAGAUGCUUUCUUAUAUUCUGAGCUUCCUCCCUCUUUCGGACCAAAAAGAGGCUUCCCUGGUGAAUCGAGCCUGGUAUUAUGCAGCCCAGAAUGCUCUGCGGGAGCUCGAUGUUCGGUAUAACAUCCCGGUGGCAUCUGCCUCCCUCACCUCCAUCAAGAGCCUGAGCCGCCGGCACGUGUCUUGUGUUAGCCUUGCCGACGUGGAUAGUUCUUCUGACUGCUCUGAUGUGCUCCAGUCAAUCUCCUACUACCUAGGCCCGCACCUGCAGAGCCUGUCCCUCGGAGGGGGCACCUUGACGCAAGCCUCCUUUAUAGGGCUCGUCACAAGCUGCCCAGGGCUCCGGGUCCUGGACCUCAGUGGCUGCAAUAGCCUCUUCAUGUCUGGGAUGCUCCUGGCUCAGCCAGAAAUCGUGCAGAAGGUUCGGGAUGCCCUGGCUGGCCUCCGGGACCUCAAUCUGUCUAAUCUGCGCUCUCUGGCGGACGCCAGCUUCAACCAGCUGGCCAGUUGUGCCCCUAAACUGGAGCGUCUCUCCCUGGCCCGCUGCCACAUCGCCUUCGAUCCCUACAUCAGUUUGCCUGCCCAGCAGGACUCUUCUACCGUCUUCUCCUUCCGCAAUCUCCUCCACUUCCUGAAGGAACGGGCAGGCCAUCUGCUAGCCCUGGACUUGAGCGGCACUGGUCUGAACCCCAUGGGUCUGCAGGCCCUGGGCCAGGUGGUGGGCCUUCGUCUGCAGGAGCUGACCCUCCGGAGCUGCCGGGACAUCUCCAAUGAGGCUGUGGCCACCCUCUGCCGCCAGCAGCGAGGCCUCACCAGCUUGGACCUGAGCGGCUGCUCGGAGCUGGCCGAUGGGGCACUCCUGGCCGUGUCCAGAGGCCUGCAGGGCCUUAGGCACCUGCGCAUGGAAAAGCUGCAACGGCUGACCGACGCUGGCUUCUUGGCCCUGCACAGGCUUCAGGAGCUGAGAAGCCUAGACAUAGCUGAGUGCUGCCUUGUGAAUGGAAGGGAGUUGGUCAAGGCACUGGAGUUUCCCAAGGGCCCCCUGCCCCACCUGGCAUCUCUCAGGCUCGCCUACUGCUCCCUGCUGAAGGAUGCUUCGGUGGUCUCCCUGGCGCAGGGGCCUUUGCGCUCCAGCCUGAAGCUGCUCGACCUGUCCUCCUGCAUGUCCCUGACCGACAGCAGCCUGCUGGCCAUCUCUGCCAACCUGCCCCUUCUCACCAUCCUGCGUCUGGCCUGGUGUAAGGAAAUCACUGACUCGGGGCUCCUGGGGCUGGUGGAGUGUGGAGAGGAGAAGGACAAAGGGCCGAAGUUAAGCAGGAACUUUGGAGACAUGGGCUUCUUCCCCCCACAGCUGCCUCCAGAGCCCUUGGCCCCCCACGAGUCCCCCUCCCAAGAGGCUCCCAACAAGCAGCCCAGAGCCUCACUGCUCAUGCUGAGGGCCUUGCAGGAGCUGGACCUCACAGCCUGCAACAAGCUGACGGACAUCAGCCUGACCAAGGUCCUUCGCUUCCCCUACCUGAAGCAGCUGUCCCUGAGCCUGCUCCCGGAGCUCACGGACACCGGCCUGGUGGCCGUGGCCAAAGGCUGCCCUGGCCUGGAGCACCUGGCGCUGAGCCACUGCAACCACCUGAGCGACCAGGGCUGGGCCCAGGCUGCCCGCUGCUGGCCGCGCCUGCGGCACCUCAACCUCUCCAGCUGCAACCAGCUCACAGAGGAGACACUGGUCACCAUCGGGAAGGCGUGCCGGCGGCUGAAGGUUCUGGACGUGUCCCUGUGCCAGGGCAUCAGCAUGGCCGCAGUGGAGCGCUUGCAGACCCAGCUGCCUCAGGUGACCUGUCUGCACUCCCGCUUUGUGGGGGGGGCCGACCUGACCGUGAGCCUCUGAAUAAAGGUCAGUGUCUGAACCCCAUCCUCGGCUGCUCCCCUCCCCCUCCGUCAGGGCCCCCUCGCCGGUGCUUCCGAUGGCCACAGAGGGCCGUCGUGCCCUUCUAGGGAGCUCAGACGGGCCGGGCGGCGCAGACAGGGCUGGCGCGGCACCCGGCGCCUGGGCCUCUGCCUCCCACCCGCCCUUCUUCUCGUCUCCCUUCACAAGCGGCUCGUCCCCCGUGCCUCGUGCCUGACCGGCCCAGAAUGAACCCCCCACAUCAGGCUCUCGGGCCGAGGCUCCUGGGACUGGGAGGUGCCGCCUACCCCUCGCAAAGCUUUCUCCACGGUCAGGCCCGCUGCGACGGCGACCGCGACCUCUGAGAACCUCCUGGAAAGGGCCUUCGGAACCAGGAACGGGCCACGAGUGGCCCUCCUUCCCAGCCCCCAGACAGUGCCAGGGAAG